CUGAUGAGCGAAAGAGUUGUCAAACGAUUGCAGUAUUGAGUGAAUGAGUGCUUCACUUAUGACAACAUCUGCUGUAAUCAGUGUUUGAGAUAACGAUACCAGAGAUUAGCCAUUGUUUGUCUCACAACAAGUCAUCACUCGAUUACGUCUUCAACUCAAGAGCCUAUAUAGUGAUAGCUGUGGACAUCAGUCAUGUCUGGCUUUAAUGACAACCCAUUCGGGGAUCCGUUUUCGGAUCCGGCCAUCACUUCGGCCACCAAUAGACCCGCUGUUAAUGGAGACUCAGGUCUUGAGGACUACAAUCCAUUCGCUAAUCAAACCACCAAACCAUCAAAUUCGAUCAGAGGCGCCACAAACCCUCCCCUCACGAGUCAGGAGCCGGCGGUGAUCAACACGUCGUCGUUGGGACCCAACAACAAGUCCUACGCCUCCCCUCCCGCUUACACUCCGUCAGCCGCACAGACGGUAAGCAUAGAUGAGAUUCAGAGACAAAAGGAAGAAUUGGAUCGAAAAGAGGCGGAACUGGCGGCCAGAGAGGAGAGACUCCGAAUGGACGGCAUAACCAUGAAGAAGGAGAACAAUUGGCCGCCACUGCCGUCCUUCUGUCCCCUCACCCCCUGUUUCUAUCACGACAUCAACGUUGAGAUUCCCGUUGAGUUCCAGAGACUCGUUCGCCACGUUUACUACCUCUGGAUGUUUUAUGUGGGCGUUCUGUUUGUGAACCUAUUGGGAGGACUGGCGGCUAUGAUCGAGAAGAUCGAUGGCGGCGGAGGAAUAUUUGCCUUCUCUUUGGUGUCACUGAUUAUAUUCACUCCGCUUUCGUUUGUCUGUUGGUUUAGACCUCUCUAUAAGGCGUUCAGAAACGAUAGUUCUUUCAAUUUUAUGGUCUUCUUCUUCGUAUUCUUCUGUCAAUUGGUUUUCGCUAUCCUUUGCGCGAUUGGUAUUCCAGGCAUGGGUUCUAUUGGUUUAAUUGUGGCGAUUGAGUGGAGUUCUGGAGCGCCUGUAUUCUUCACUAUAUUUAUAUUCUUGUGCGCAAUAGUGACGGCCAGCUAUGCUUUGGCCUCCUUUUUGGUCUUAGUUAAGGUUCACAGUAUCUACCGGUCGACGGGCGCCAGUAUGCAAAAGGCGCAGAUGGAGUUCACCCAAGGAGUGCUGCGUAACGAACACGUACAACACGCGGCCACCGCUGCGGCUACCGGUGCCGCCCGACAGGCCAUGAGUCAACAGUUUGGAUCCAAUAAUACCAAUAACUCGAGUGGUGGUUCUGGUCUAAGAUAUUGAUAUCGCUUUGAUAAGAUACCGCAAUUCAUUUCACAGUCAGAAUCAAGUUUCAGAAGACAUUCCCCUUAUUUAAGACAAUAAUUCGGGAAUUAUUAUCUAUUUUUAAUGUCUAUUAUUGUUCGAUGAGUUAAAUCAAACCAUUCAGUAUAUACAGCCUUUGUUUGGACUUAAAACCUAUAAUUUUCAAUACAUUUAAAUUACUCUUUUUUAAUAAGUUGCAAGUUUUU